AUGAUGGCCAUAGUGGGUGGAGUGGGCGAUCGUGUGAAGAUAGGGCAGAAGCAAGUUUCUUCCAAACUUUUGAGUUCGGAGAAUGAUACCAAGAGUCCUUUGAAGAGUCAUGCAAAGGGUGUUGAAGAGAAUUUCAGUCUUGAACAGAAAAAUGUUUUGAAGUACAUGUUCGAUAUAAACCUUAGCCACAACGAAACGAUCGUGCGGAUGUCAGGCGAAUUUGGACAAAGAAUGCAGUUUAAACAACUACAGACUUCACAGUGGCUAAGUGCAGAAAUUAUAAAUCUAUACGCUUGUAUGCUGACGUGGGAUAAGCGAAAUAAUGCCUCUAAAAUACCGGUUGAAAAUUGGUUUUUGCCAACCUAUGUCUCGCAAUUCAUUACCGCAAUGAAGAAGGGUUGUGAUGUUGGUUGCAUAUAUCGCUAUUUCUUGCGUGAAGACAAAUAUGGAGGGGAUAUUCAGAAAUGCGAAAAGAUCUUCAUUCCAAUGAACCCUGGAGAUCAUUGGUACUUGUGUGUAGUCGACAUAAUCCAAGAGGAGGUUCUGAUAUUGGACUCACUUAUGUCGAAAAAUUGUAAUGAGCGUAUUUCAAGUGCUAAAGUUGUGCUCAAGUGUUUGCAUGAGGCUUUAGAGAUUGGAUGUGGCGCAACGUAUAGUAUCAAUAUUCCUUUAUUUCCUACGAGAAUGGCUCAAUGGGCACCGCAACAAAAGAAUCUUUAUGAUUGUGGAUUAUUCACAAUAAGCGUGCGGCUCAACAUGGUAGGUCCCACACAUUAUGAUUGCUUCUCGUCAGUCGACCGCAGGAGGAAGAGGUCGGGUCUUCUCUAUGAUAAGGUUUACUCCGAGCUGUUGUCUGCAGUAACAUUUUCCCUCAUGGUCACGGGCUGGUCUCAAUGGCGAGGAGCUCGGGUCCCUUGCUUGUCCCCAAGUUUCCCACCGAGCCGAUCUUUAUUUAUCGUUGGGUCGGAUUAA